AUGUCCCGUAUAGUCUUCUCGACCGCCGAAAGCAGGUCGGAUAACCGUGCUCCUCGCGACUCGCUCGAACUUGCCUCGCUCGCUUCCUCCCCCGAUCUAGACGCAGGGCUCUCCCCCCGCUCUUCCUCCCCCUCCGGCAUCUCGUCCUCGCGCAAGCUCUCCCUCGAGGAUGAAGACCCGUUAUCAAGCUCACAUCACCAUGCUGCCUUCAACUCCGGGUAUCCGAGGUCGGCCCGCUCCUACUCGGUCUCCUCCACCUUUGACUUCGGACGGUCCCUCUUUCCUCUGUCGCAAACGACCGGAGGUUAUGCUCCCUUGGGCGCCCCAUCCGUGCUGGAUAGAGAAUCGGGGGUCGCUGAGGGUUCAUUGGAAAGAAAUAAAACCUUGACCUACCUGAAUGGCCUGUCUCUGGUCGUGGGCCUGAUCAUUGGCUCGGGGAUCUUCUCCUCCCCAAGCCAGGUGAAUGCGAAUGCAGGUUCUCCUGGGGCGUCGCUUAUUGCUUGGGUGGUCGCAGGCUUACUGGCGUGGACGGGGGCGGCGAGCUAUGCCGAGCUAGGAGGGGCAAUUCCUUUGAACGGCGGGUCCCAGGUUUACCUUUCGAAGAUUUUCGGCGAGCUGGCGGGCUUCCUCUUUGCCUGGUGUGCCGUACUAGUUCUCAAACCCGGCAGCGCCGCCAUCAUCGCCAUCAUAUUCGGAGAAUACGUCGUUCGUGCUGUGGUAGGGGCCGACGUUGAGACCGUCAACCCUUGGAUCAACAAAUCCGUCGCCUUCGCCAGUGUCUUCAUCGUCACGCUGUUCAACUGCGUGUCAACCAGAGUGGCCACCCGCCUGGGCGAUAUCCUCAUGUUCUUCAAAUUUGUCGCAUUGAUCGGGGUCACUGUCAUUGGCAUCGUCGUGGCCAUCACUGGCCUAUCAUACAAAGGGAGCGCGAGUGAAGAGUGGAAAUCAGGCUGGUUCAACGAUACGAGCGUGGAUGUGUCGGCCUGGGCGGUUGCGCUUUACGCGGGUCUAUGGGCCUUUGACGGUUGGGACAACACAAACUACGUGACAGGUGAAUUCAAGAAUCCCGGUCGCGAUCUUCCCCGGGUCAUUCACACGGCCAUGCCGCUGGUCAUUCUGAGCUAUCUGCUCGCCAACAUCUCCUAUUUCUUAGUCCUGCCCCAUUCCACAAUUGAAGCCAGCAACACGGUCGUGGUUCAGUUUGGCGAUAAGGUCUUUGGCCCUCUCGGGGCCCUUGUGUUUGCCGUAAUCGUCUCGGCAAGUUGUUUCGGUUCCCUCAAUGCGACCAUCUUCACGAGUGGACGCUUAAUCUACGCGGCCGGCAAGGAAGGAUACCUACCUUCAAUAUUCGGGGAUCUGUGGGCUCGUGGGGCUCCCGCCAGCGAGGUAUCUCAUCGAUUGCAGCGCCGGUCGUGGGCCCGCAAGUCCCUCGUGCGCCUCUUCGGAGAUGGCUGCCAGAUAGGCUACACCCCGAUCUACGCCAUGGCCUUGAACAGCGCGCUCACACUGGCCUACGUGAUUGUCGGCGAAUUCAGGACUCUGGUUACAUUUUAUGGCGUUGCAGGCUACACCUUUUACUUUCUCACCGUGCUCGGCCUCAUCGUGCUGAGGAUCCGGGAGCCAUACCUGGAGCGGCCUUACAAAACAUGGAUCUCGACCCCCAUUAUCUUUUGUUGCGUCAGUCUGUUUCUGCUCAGCCGGGCAGUAAUUGCAGACCCCCUGCAGACACUAAUUGUCGUGGCCUUCAUCAUCGCCGGGGUGCCGGUCUACGUCUGGCGUAUCUACCAGCGGGACGGCCGAAAAGCGUUGCCAGCAUGGAAGUUCUGGCCCUGGCGAAGAUCCGGCUGA